AUGUCUUUUCUUAUGAAGGUCUUCUUACUAUGGAUUGGAUUCAUCCAUGAACAGAAUUGCGCUGUUAUUCACAUGGAUAAUAGUAAACACUUCAAAGGCUAUGAUUUUGUCGUGCAGAAAUAUUUGGAUCCUCUUCGGAAAUUACAAGCGGAACUACCGAAUCAUGCAAUCGAGAUGCAAAUAGAAUUUCAUGAUGCCGUUCCUACAUAUACAAAGACUAAGCCUCAGAGACGAUUAAUUCGUGUUUUAAAUCCUCGUAAACCGAAACCAGUGAAACGCACUCAGGGUGGAAAUGAAAAUGCUGCAGCGUCACAGUCGGCACCAUCAAAUACAUCUCUACCAGCCCCACCUGCAGCUCCAGGUGAAGCAGGAAAAAUUCCCGUAUACAUGGACGAUUUAAAAAAGGCACUCGAAGAUCUUGAAAAGAAAUUGAGCGGGGUGACUACUACAACUACAACAGCCGGGACAGGAGCUGGAACAACAUCGAAUGGAGGCACAUCGUGUAAUGGUGGUGGUAAUGGUGGCGGUGGCAGCGGCGGUGGUGGCAACGUCAAAAAUGUGUUGCAGACACCAAUUCGAAGUAUAGACAAUAUCUUGGAAAUUUUGAAAAGAGCUAUUCAUAUUGAGCAUCGGGAACCAAAACCGAGUGAAAACCUAGAAUGGGUCCAAGUCAAGAUACCUAAGUAA